CAUAUUAUAUAUGCAGUGUGAGAAAAUGGCUACCGGUACACGUUUUUCGAUUCCUCGAACAUGGAAGUGUUAAAUGGCUUCGUACCUGUGUAAAGUGUAACAGGCUUGACCGAGUGAGGAGCAUUCGGUUGUUACUUCACCUCAAGAAAACACGCACACCGUGCACAACCAGUUGUUGGGAACUUUGUAGACUGGUUUUGAAAAUAGUCCGACACGGUGGUUUCGACUUCCCGGUUUGUGAAUGAACUUGUGAAACUGUCGCCAUAUUCUGUUUACACAGAAACAACAACAACAUACGUGCUGGGUGUCGGACAACACACGUUUGUAGUGUGAUCCAGUGUAGGUUUACAGUUACCGGUUAAAGCACGGUCUUCGUGGACAUUUGUUUACUUAUAAAAAAAAGAAAGAAAGAAAGAAAAAAAAAGGUCUACUAAUUAUAAUAAUAUCUCUAAUAAUUAUAAUAAUAUCUCUAAAAACAAGAAAAGAGGGGAAAAAAACACCAAACGAGCAAAUCACACACGUGUGUACGACAUCAACGAACUCAAACACUGAAAACUUUGCGCGUGCACUUCUGCUUCUAACGUCAUAGCUAAUGUCAACUAUGACUUUAGCCGACCAGACGACAUCUACGUCACGCCUUGCCAUGGUGUCGCACAUCGCAGGGUUGAUGUUGCAGUGCACGAGUUUGGGUAUGCCGUACUGGAAGGUGUUCCCGGCGGCGGGGGGUAAUAUCUUCCAAGGUCUCUGGCAGACGUGCUCCACGUCACGACUUCAGGGAACAGACGUCUUCUGUGAGGACAGCGUCCUGCUGGCAAACCCAGUCUUGCUGCACGUUGUUCGCGGGCUGGAGGUGUUGGGACUUGCGCUAGAAGUUGCAGCGUUUGUCAUAAUUCUGUGUUACGUCACCGGCUGUUCCAACAAACGGAAUCUCAUCACGUGCAGUACGUGCUGUCUUCUGGCGGCCACGUCGGUUAUCGUUGGAAGCGCCAUAUAUGGAAACACGGACGCUGCCUUGUUUCCAGGCAAGCUGACGUGGGGGUACUAUCUGUCGUUUGCCGGAGCCGCCUUCUGUGUUCUGUCCGGAAUCCUGUUCAUUGUGGAACAUGUAAGACGAAGACAGGGAUACACACCUAUUGCUUGAAAAUACACACACGGGGGUGGGGGGGGGGGGGUGGGGGUGGGAGAGACAGACAGACAGAGACAGACACAUACAGAGGGGGAGAGAGAGACAGACAUCGAGAGAGAGAGAGAGAGAGAGAGAGAGAGAGAGAGAGAGAGAGAGACGGACGGACGGACGGACGGAGAGAGAGAGAGAGAGGUGGGGGGAGAGAGAGAAGGAGACAGACAUCGAGAGAGAGAGGGGUGGGGGAGACAGACAGCGAGAGAACGUGUGAUGGAGAGAGAUAUUUAAGAGGGAGAGACAGACAGACAGACAGCGAGAGAACGUGUGAUGGAGAGAGAGAGAGAGAGAGAGAGAGAGAGAGAGAGAGAGAGAGAGAGAGAGAGAGAGAGAGACAGACAGACAGACAGACAGACAGAGAGAUUCAGACCGAGACAGAGAGACGGGGUGGGGUAGAGAGUGAAAGGGAGGUAAAACGAAAUUAAAGCGAGGGGAGACAAAUGGGGAUAUGGGAGUGCAUUUAGUGGUGCCGGUUUGUGUGUAAUAAUGUACGUACGUACAUGUGUGUGCGUGUGUGAUGAUAAGACCUUUUGAAAAACAAUCUGAGAUGACAAUGUGGACCAUUGCUGAAAUAUGUCUCAAAAUUAACUGAAGAUACAUCAUCAUGACAACCUGGAUACCAGUUGGAAUCAAUUGACAUGUGUCGGACCAAUGAGUACGCUGUAUAUUGACAACUUGAACUUGAACUUAAAUCAUUAAAAAAGGCUGCCAUUGUAACAUGGUUUUGACUAACAGAUCCUAUUUAAUCAAUAAAAUUCCAUAAUUUA